AGUUUCCUCUCUUCUUUACUCUCCCAUCUCUCCUGCCCUCCUUUUCUUUUCCAUCUCUGCUUCUCUUCUGGGGCUCAGGAGAGUGUGUUUUUUUCCCCUGCAGGGGCUCAGUUUCCCUACCUGUGUUAGAGGGUUUGAAUUGGCUCCAUCAUGAUGGGAAAAGCUGAAGUUCCACUGCCCACCCAAAGUCUAGGUGGUUUGAGCCUCUGCGGGGCACAAGCCAUCCUGGCGUCCCCUAACCUCUAUGAGGGGCCAUACUAGCAUCUCAUGGCACAAACCAGCUCUGCCUCAGCCCUCCUGGAUCGGCCCGUUCCUUCCCCAGGUCUGUGGGUCAUCCCCCAGCUGUUGUCCUGGCUGCAGGAUGACACAGGACACAGAAUCUGUCAUCCUUCCAUUCUUCACUGGAUCUCCAUCCAGGGCCUUGUGUGGCCCUGGACCCGCCCUCAGCAUCCCUCCAGGACAUUCAAAAGGUCCAUGCGUUGCACCAAGCUGUGCAUGUGGUGGACACACACAGGCCAUCUGGUGCACACAAGCACAUGCUCCAUCUUGACCCCUGGGAACAGUCAGCCAAUCUAUCUCCUCUCAGCUCAACCUUUUCCUGGCCUUACCCCAACUCACCCCGUCAACAAAGAAGGGGAGCUCCAGAGGAAGGAUCUGCUAGGGACCCUGCUCCUCUGGGCCAGUGACAGGCUCAAAUGAAGAGUAAGUGUUCAAAGGAAAAACACCUAGGUGCUCUGCAGCAGCAACACCUGCUUUACAUGCUAUUUGCAUAUGAUCUGUGGGCAAAGAGAGGGCCAGCCUGUCCUAACCCUCCAAAGCCUCCCUCCUUCAUCACCUCUCUGAUUUAGCAUCAGUUCUUUCAAGUCCUUGCUAAUCCCAGAGAUCAAGGGGUGAUCAAUUCUCCCUGCCAUUCCCUCACCCCCUCCAGCCUUGGCUCCUGCCAUCCUCUCUGAGAUGCCUCAUCAUCAAAGGACAUUAUUCAUGGUGGACCUUUGCUGAAGCCUUGCUUCCCUAGCGCCGUGGCUUGGGGGCUGGGCUGGAUGGCUUGACUGGGGGAGGGAGGCUGAUGCAGAGAUGGGACCCAGGAGGCUUUAGUCAGCCCUCAGUCUAACAUGAUCUUCCUCCUGCACCCCUAAUCCCCUCUAGCCUGCCCAGCUUGGACCUCCUCUCCCAGAUUGAUGAGGAGGGAGGAGGGGAGGAGGUGGGAGAUGGCCAGGUCCAAUUAGGAAUAGCACCUAAACUUUUCAAAGGCAUGAACCAGUCAUAGCAUUUACAUGUAAACAGACUUCCACUUCUACCCUUCAUCCCACCAAAGGAUCCCAACUUUGGGUCCUGGGCCAUGGUUGUCCCACAUGGCCCUGUAAUUAGCUGGGUAAUGGGAAACUUUAAAUGAGGCCUCAUUAGACUCUCACAUAAUACGGGGGCCUUGAGAUCUAGCUGCUGCCCUGACUCGGGGUGAUCGUGGGGCCCUGUGCAGCCAGAAUGACUUCUCAAUAUGACCCAAGCCCCAGGGUGAGUGGGAUGGGGAGACAAAUAUUUGGGGACCCUAGCAGGGCUUGAGAGGCUCUAUGAGCAAUUCCUAUUGUGGCUACGAUGCAAGUAGCUGGACUUGGGCUUUUUUUGUUUUAUAAAAUUUUAUUGAGUACCUAUUGUAUGCCACACACUCUAGAGCUAGGAAUCCAGUAGCAAACAGAUGAAAGUCCUUGCGCUUGUAAUGCUGACUUUCUGGUGGGGAAGUGGGAUGGACAGACUAUAAGUAAAAUCACAGUAUGUCUGAGGUAACAUAUAUACGAAGGAAAGAGACAAGAGCAUAUGGAGAAUGGAGUGGCAGCUGAUUGGGCAAGGUGCUGGUGAGCAGGAGUCUUUGUAGUAAAUAUACAACAGAGCUAUGAUUCCCUUCCAGGUCCCAAAAUGUAGAAGAGUACAAGGUCCCAGACCUUCAGGUCUGUUGGGGAAGUGAACCUCUGCUCCCUCUGGGAGAUGCCACUGCUCCCUUGCUGUUCAAAGUACAGACAAGCACAGUAAAAUGAAGGGGAGGUUUGGUGUGAGAAAAACCUGAAUUUGAGGCUGUUCUCCAGUAGCUCUAUGUCCAGGAGCCUGUGACUGAACUUUUUGGGCCUCAGUUCCCUCAUCUGAAAAUAGGGAUGUUUCUUUCUUACAUGGUGGUGGUGAUGAAAAUUGAUCAGGUUUCUCUCUGCUGAAGCACCUUGCAAAUAUUCAAGCCCCGCACCCACUGUAAAUGCUGUGAGCGAUGAUUGCUCUGAAGCUGGCUUUCCCUUUGCCUCCCCUCAUCUCUUGCAGCAGCGUUUUUCUCUGUGUCUGUCUCAAAUCCUGACUGACUCAGACUGUCCCCUGGGGCUCUCUACCUUGGGUGUGAAUUGGGCAGAAUAAUCUUCCUCAACUGUGGGGUGGGAACUAGAGGCUUGCAAGUUCAGGGGAGAAGAUGUCUGAACUGUAGGUAGACAGAUCAGAGUGGGGAGAAAAUGUAACUGUGAGGAGAAAAAGAAGCAAUUAAGGAUCAAUGCUGGAACGGGGGCGAAGAUAGGGGAAGAGCUCAGCUAUGGUGUUCUGCUCCUCCUUUCAGAGAUGACUGCAGGAAGGAUACAAGUUAGAACCCUGGAAGGAUGCAACCAAGUCAGUCUGAUUCAGGGCCAAGGGGAGAGGCGUUAGCGCUGGGGAGGUGGCAGAGGCAGACAGACACACUGGCGAUCUCUGCAUUCUCUGCAGAGGGAAAUGCUGACCCUCAGUUUUUCUGAGGACCAAUGCACGAUGGGUCAGCUUCAGCCGGAAGGGGGACAGAGGGAGAACUGAGGACUGGAGGCGGGUGUCAGAUUCACUGCCCAGUCCUCAGGGUCCUGAGCCUGGUCGUCCUGAUGGGAGGAGGGUCAGAGAAGCCCCUGCCAGAAAUUGUUUCAGACUGGCAGUUGAGGCUGGAAGUUUAAAGGGCAAGGAGCUGGUGGGUGGACAAAGAGGAGAAAGAACCCAGGAACUGCGCCUAUUGAGUUAGAUCUGGCAUGGAAAUUUUGUGACAAACCCUAUGAGACACUGUCCCUUAGCAUGUCCAGCUCAGGGGCUAUUGGACUGUGGGCUGCUGUAACUCCAGCUUUCUGCUGGGUUUGUGGGGUGUGUGUGUGUGUGUGUGUGACUAUGGGCUGCUGUAACUCCAGCUCUCUGCUGGGUUUGUGGUGUGUGUGUGUGUGUGUAUGUGUGUGUGUGUGUGUGUGUGUGUGUGUGUGACUGUGGGCUGCUGUAACUCCAGCUUUCUGCUGGGUUUGUGUGUGUGUGUGUGUGUGUGUGAUUGUGGGCUGCUGUAACUCCAGCUCUCUGCUGGGUUUGUGGUGUGUGUGUGUGUGUGUGUGUGUGUGUGUGUGUGUGUGUGUGACUGUGGGCUGCUGUAACUCCAGCUCUCUGCUGGGUUUGUGGUGUGUGUGUGUGUGUGUGUGUGUGUGUGUGUGUGUGUGUGUGGCUGCAGCCUAUAUCCCCCUCUCCCCCCACCAGUUUUCCCCUCCCCUCCAGCCACCCUGGGAUUGGUGAUUCUCAGUCCCUCCCCCGGCUCCCCCAGACCCUCCCAGAGCCUUUAUCAGGGAGCUGGGCUGGAGUUCCUGCCACAUUCCCAGAGCCCCUCCACUCCCCCUUUCUCUCUUCACAGCAGCGCCAGCAGCGUGUGUGGGGAGCGGGCAGUCUUCGGCCAGCUCCCGGAUCUUGUUAGACCAUUUGCCGUAGGCUCAAAGCUGCUCCACAGGUAUCAUGCGAAGCACCCUGCUCUUCGUAGCCAUCCUGGCCCUCAGCUUGGCUUGGAGUUUGGGGGCUGCCUGUGAGGAGUCUCAGGAGCAGCUGAUGCCCGGUGGGGGCCACAGUAAGGACUCAAAUCUCUACCAGCUGCCCUCGUCGUUGCUCCGGAGACUCUGUGACAGCCGCUCCAUCUCCCUGGAUGGAUUGCUCAAAAUGCUGAGCAAGGCUAGCGUGGGUGCUAAGGAAUCAUCGCUUCCCCAGAAACGUGACAUGCAUGACUUCUUUGUGGGUCUUAUGGGCAAGAGGAACAUCCAGCCAGGCACUCCUGUUGAUGGGAACCAAGAGAACGCCCCCAGCCUUGGCACCUUCAAGUAUCCCCCCAGUGUGGAAUGAGCACUCCACCUCUGGACUCCUGGGCUGCAUCCUGAAGACACCUGUAACCCUCUCCCAAGCCCCAGGUGCAUGUGCUCCUAUUUCCCUUCCUCUUCCCCAUCCUUGUAACCCCCUUGUACUUUGACUCCUUCCACAUCCCUCUACCCCACCGUCUGUAGAAACUGCCUAGUGAGCAUCCCCCGUUCCUGUGGGCAUUGACUAUAGGUUGCCCUGGAGUUUCUGUAACGUCUUAAAAACAUGAAGUUUCCCGCCGCCCCUCAACAAUAAAGGAUUUUUACAUAUUAUAA